AUGACGCCAGAGUCUAGAAAAAAGAAGAAGAAAAAUUACCUGAAGAACCUUCCAGAGGACUCUGAAGAUUACAAAGACACACAAGCCGCCCUCAGUAUCGUGAAGGAGGUGGCCAACCAUGCGAAUGACAUCAUGAAGCAAGGGGAUAACUUUCAGAAGCUGAUGCAGAUUCAGUACAGCCUCACUGGGCACCAUGAGAUCGUUCAGCCAGGCAGGGUGUUUCUGAAGGAGGGCACGCUGAUGAAGCUGUCCAGAAAAGUCAUGCAGCCACGAAUGUUCUUCCUGUUUAAUGAUGCGCUCAUGUACACCACUCCAGUCCAGUCUGCCCAGUAUAAACUCAACAGUGUCCUUUCUCUGGCUGGGAUGAAGGUGAGUAAGCCCAGCCAGGAGGCCUAUCAGAACGAGCUGAACAUCGAGAGCGUUGAACGCUCUUUCAUCCUGUCAGCGAGCUCAGCUACCGAGAGAGACGAGUGGCUGGAGGCCAUCGCCAAGGCCAUAGACGACUACACGAAGAAGAAAAUCACCUUCAUAUCGAGCCGAAGUCAGGAGGAGUCGGAGGGGGUCGUUGAUAGCGGUGCCCCGUUAGGCUCAAAGGCUCCCAUCUGGAUCCCAGACCUGAGGGCCACCAUGUGUAUGAUCUGCACCUGCGAGUUCACCCUCACUUGGAGGAGGCACCAUUGUCGCGCCUGUGGAAAGGUGGUGUGUCAGGCGUGCUCUGCCAACAAAUACUACCUGGAGUACUUAAAGAACCAACCAGCUCGUGUGUGUGAUCACUGCUUUGCAAAGCUACAGGAGAACAGUGACCGCUGUGCUUCAACAUCAAUUUCUCCCAUCAAAUCUGGAGCUUUCUCCUUCACCAGGAAACAGAAGAAGAUUCCUGCUGCACUGAAAGAGGUGUCUGCCAACACUGAGAAUUCCUCCAUGAGUGGCUACCUAAACAGGUCAAAAGGCAACAAGAAGCAGUGGAAGAGGCUGUGGUUUGUCAUUAAGAAUAAAGUCCUGUACACCUACGCUGCCAGCGAGGAUGUGGCAGUGUUGGAGAGCCAACCUUUGCUGGGUUUCUUCCUGAGAGAGGAGAAGAACGGACCCGCUCAGAAGCUGCAGUUCAAGCUGUAUCACAAAAACACACUGUUCUACAUCUUCAAAGCUGACGACAUCCCCACGGCACAGAGAUGGAUCGAAGCCUUCCAGGAGGCAAUGAUUCUCGAGCAGUAAUCCCCCUUUUUUCAGUAGUGAAGUUGUGUGACAGCCCCGGAGCCAGUUGAAAGACAACUUACGACCCCUGAUUGAUCACAGGUCAGAGGUCACCAGCUCAGGAAGGACUCCAGGUGGACUGUCUACCUUAAACUGAAGCCUGCUGCAGAGCGUCACAAACUCUGCUUGGAAGCCAGACUCCUUUAGCUCUCCAAGAACUGGUUUUUCUGAACUUAUUUUCAGCUUCUGAUGCUCAGCGGUGCAAAAAGCGAGUAGCAGCUGCGGGUCAAAGGUCAAGUCCAGAAGCACGUGUGUGGAAGUGAGACCAAACAGUUGACUGGGCUUUUUAAAGUCCCUCGGAAAUCCUUGGAAGUCGGAAGUCUGGGGAUGAUUUUUCAAACGCUGUUGGGCGAAGGAAUCCGUGUGAAACAAACUUCAUACUGGCUGCACACAAAUAACAUAAAAUACCAAUCAUGUGUGAUUGGCACUAAUGUCUGAGGAGAGUUCAUAUAUGUAACAGCAUGGGCUUUUAAUGUGAAAAUCAGGCUUUAACAGAAACAGGAAGUGGACAUUCUGCUCUUUAAAUGCAUCUCUCUGGUCAAGAGAUUCUUUAAUAACAAACAUCCUGGAGACAACUGGAAGUGUCAUGAAGAUUAUUGUAUAUAGGUUUUUUUGGCCUGUUGAGCCACAUAGGAAGUGGUCAAAGGGUAAAACUGUGUACAUUAAAGAACAACGCUGACCUUGUUUGUUUGUUUUUUGGUUUUUUUGCUGUUGUUGUUAUUGUUGUUUUUUAAAGCCGAGAGCUAAUAUUUAUAAAAUAGGAAGAUUUAUUGUUUAAAAAGCGCAGGCUGCAUUUAAUUUUGGGAGUCAGGGUUUGUUAUCAGAGACCUUCAUACCCUUCAAAAUAAUUUUAUUUUUAAUACAUGGGGCUUUUUUUAAUGAGAAAACACUGUAGGCAAUACACAUGAACUAUAUAUUUCUAAGGAAAUAUUCAUUCUUGCAUUUAGCAGACUUUGUGCCUUCUAUAUCCUCCUGUUUGAGAUAGACUGCAGCAGCACAGAUUGAAAUUCCUUGCAGCGUAGGACAUGCAUGGCGCACUGUCCCGCGUCCUGCUAGGGUUCUCAGCCUUUCAACAUGUUUA